GUUUUAAACCCAACCCCAACGCUACCACUAUUUGAAGGAAGAUGGCUGGUGUGAAUGUGGAUUUGGUGCUCAAUGCACGUCAUAUCGUGCCCGUGGUCCCCGAGGGUGUGGUGUUGGAGAACCAUUCGGUGGUUGUAAACGAAGGCCUCAUCGUGGCCAUCUUGCCGACGGCGGAUGUGACUGGAGUGUACAUCGCCGCGGAAACCGUGGACUUGCCAGACCACAUUUUGAUUCCGGGACUCAUCAAUGCGCACACGCAUGCAUCCAUGACGCUUCUUCGAGGGCUGGCGGACGACAAACCCCUCUGCGAAUGGCUCAUGGAAGACAUUUUCCCUGCGGAGGGCAAAUUCGUCAGCGACGAGUUCGUUCGUGACGGCACGUUGCAUUCGGCGGCGGAAAUGAUCCGCAGCGGGACGACAUGUGCCAACGACAUGUACUUCUUCCCCGAUGCCGCCGCGUCGACGUUUGAGAAAGUCGGACUGCGUGCGCUCGUGGGUCAAGUGGUCAUGGAGUUCCCCACGGCGUACGCCACAGGACCCGCCGACUACUUUGCCAAGGCGCGCGCGAUGUUUACCAAGUACAAAGACUCUUCGUUGAUCUCCCUCGCCAUGGCACCGCAUGCCCCGUAUACGGUGUCGGACGCAUCCUUCGAACAAGUGCUGGCAUUGUCCCGCGAGUUCAACGUCCGCGUCCACCUCCACUUGCACGAGUCGGAAGCCGAGUGCGUCGACAGCGCCACCAAGACCCCGUCCAUGAUGUGCCACCAAUCCGCCGAGCACUCUCGCCCGCUGCAAAACAUGCAACGAUUGGGCCUGCUCAACGACCAGCUCAUCGCGGCCCACAUGACCCAGCUCACGGACGACGAGAUCGCCGCCGUCGCCGCCGCGGGCACGCACGUCUCGCACUGCCCCACGUCCAACUUGAAACUCGCGUCCGGAAUCUGCCGUGUGUCGGAUCUGCUGGCGCAAGGCGUCAACGUGGCCAUUGGCACGGACGGCGCGGCCAGUACGUGACGCUCUUGAUGUAUGUCACACGUUUGAAAUGUCCUAGGCAACAAUACGCUCAACAUGUUUGCCGAGAUGAAACUCGCGGCCGUUUUGGCCAAGGGUGAGUCCAAGUGCUGCACGAGCGUACCCGCCGCCACCGCCCUCCGCAUGGCGACAUUGAACGGAGCCAAGGCGCUGGGGAUCGAGGCCAAGGUUGGGUCCGUCGAAGUCGGCAAGUUUGCUGACCUUGUGGCCGUGUCGACCGACUGCGUGGAGAUGCUGCCCAUGUAUAGCGCCAUCAGCCAUGUGGUGUACGUCGCCGGACGUGAAAACGUGUCGGACGUGUGGGUGGCUGGCAAGCGGUUGCUGGCUAACCGAGUGCUGACCACGAUCGAUGAAGUGCAAGUGAAGCAGCACUGCAAAAAGUGGCACGACGCUAUCCGCGACCACCACGCCGAAAUGGUCGCCGCCAAAAAGUAAUACUUCGGAGGAUUCGCCUUGUGAGGUGACCAACUAACAUCAGUAUUAAUCCUCUCCUUCAUGCAUUCGGA